CUAACCCGGAGACCAUCCAAGCAGAGGGGAGGGCGAGACGGAGGGGCAACCUCUUUGGGACUAACUCAUGAAGAACAAGGGUGCCAAGCAGAAGCUGAAACGCAAGGGAGCCGCCAGUGCGUUUGGUUGUGACCUGACGGAAUAUCUGGAAAGCUCGGGACAGGAUGUUCCAUAUGUAUUGAAGAGCUGUGCAGAAUUUAUAGAGACUCACGGCAUUGUGGAUGGAAUUUACCGGCUUUCGGGGGUCACCUCAAACAUACAACGGCUACGGCAAGAGUUUGGCUCAGAUCAAUGUCCAGAUCUGACAAGAGAAGUGUACCUUCAGGACAUCCACUGUGUAGGCUCACUCUGCAAGCUCUACUUUAGGGAGCUGCCCAACCCCCUCCUGACUUAUGAGCUCUAUGAGAAAUUCACGGAGGCCGUGUCACAUUGCCCAGAAGAAGGCCAACUGGCCCGAAUACAAAAUGUUAUCCAGAAGCUUCCCCCAUCCCAUUAUAGGACUUUGGAAUACCUGAUUCGACACCUGGCCCACAUCGCCUCCUUCAGCAGCAAGACCAACAUGCAUGCCAGGAACCUGGCCCUGGUGUGGGCUCCAAACCUCCUCAGGUCUAAAGAAAUCGAAGCCACUGCUUGCAAUGGAGAUGCAGCCUUCCUUGCAGUCCGGGUCCAGCAGGUGGUGAUUGAGUUCAUAUUGAAUCAUGUGGAUCAAAUCUUUAACAAUGGUGCACCUGGGUCUCUGGAGAAUGACGAAAGCCGGCCCAUCAUGAAAAGCCUGACCUUGCCAGCCCUCUCCCUGCCCAUGAAGUUGGUGAGCCUGGAGGAAGCUCAGGCCCGCAGCCUGGCUACUAACCAUCCUGCUCGGAAGGAAAGGAGAGAGAAUAGCCUGCCUGAGAUUGUCCCUCCCAUGGGCACCCUCUUUCAUACUGUCCUUGAGUUACCAGACAACAAGAGGAAGCUUUCCAGUAAAUCAAAGAAGUGGAAAUCAAUAUUCAACCUGGGACGUUCAGAUUCCAAAUCAAAACUGAGUAGAAAUGGGAGUGUAUUUGUGAGAGGACAAAGACUCUCAGUGGAAAAAGCUGCUAUCCGGCCCGCUAAAAGCAUGGACUCGUUGUGUUCAGUGCCUGUGGAAGGAAAAGAAACCAAAGGAAAUUUUAAUCGAACGGUGACCACUGGUGGAUUUUUCAUUCCGGCAACAAAAAUGCAUUCGACCAGCACUGGCAGCUCAUGUGACCUCAGCAAGCAGGAGGGCGAAUGGGGCCAGGAGGGGACGCCGGCGGGGGCCGAGGGGGGCUGUGAUGUGAGCAGUGACCGAAGCCAGCUCCAGGGCGCUCAAGCCCGGCCCCCACCCGAGCAGCUGAAGGUGUUCCGGCCUCUCGAGGAUCCCGAGAGCGAGCAGACAGCCCCGAAGAUGCUGGGUAUGUUCUAUACCUCGAACGACAGCCCCAGCAAAUCCGUCUUUACCAGCAGCCUCUUCCAGAUGGAGCCCUCGCCGCGUCACCAGCGCAAGGCGCUGAACAUCUCGGAGCCCUUUGCGGUAUCGGUGCCGCUCCGCGUGUCCGCCGUCAUCAGCACCAACAGCACCCCAUGCAGAACACCCCCGAAGGAGCUGCAGUCCCUUUCCAGCCUGGAAGAGUUUUCUUUCCAGGGGUCAGAGAGUGGAGGUUGGCCAGAAGAGGAGAAGCCACUGGGAGCUGAGACCUCUACAGCUUCUGUAUCUAAGGCAGUAGCUCUUGAGGAUGCCCAGCCAGCACCUGAUGCAGUGCGGACAGCAGAAUGCAGCAAAGACCUUUCCCUGGAGCCAGGUGCCCAUCUGGAGGAGAAGAAAACCUCAGAAACCUUCCAGGGCUCUCAACGUCCACAUGAAUUGGAGAAGAAGCCAAAUUCAGAGAAGGUGGUGGAGGAGGAACAAGAAGAGGCUGGCCAGGUGGAGUCCAGCACUCCUCAGGAGAGCCCCAGGGCCAGAGCGCAAGCCGUGUUUUUCCGUGAGAUGGAUGAAGAUGAUCUGACCAAUGCUCUGAUCUGGCCAGAGAUUCAACAAGAGCUGAAAAUCAUUGAAUCUGAGGAGGAACUCUCUUUGCUGCCACCACCUUCUCUGAAGAUCAGCCCAGUUCAGCCAACUCUCGAGUCCAGUCCAGGGCUGUUUGCUUCCCCAGAGCCUCCGGGGAGUUUGUCUUGUGGCUCCGCCUCUGCCUCAGUCUCCGCCCCUCUGGAGGAGCGGACUAGGGACCCAACCAAUCAGAGCACACAUGGGGCUUCCACGGCAGCCAAUAGAGAGAAGCCGGAGCCAACCCGCCCCCUCAAUAGACCGGAGCCUGAGCCAGGUCUGCGCCCCGACCCCACUAGUCUGGCGCCUCUGGAAACAGUUCUGUUUGAGACGGCAGCAGCAGCGUCUCCACACUCAAGGGUGCAGGUGGGAGGCCCAGGGAAUCUAUCUCCUCCACUCCCACCUGCUCCUCCCACCACCACACCUCUGGAGGAGGCGCCUCGACUUCUGCUGCCAAUGGACAGCUGUGAGAGAGAAGAGCCAUCCAGGAAUUUGAGGACAAAUCCCAAUGUAGACCAGCUGAAACCCAAAGACAGCUCUGGUAUCCCCAGCCUCUGUCAAGGAGAGGAGGCCAUUCCAAGACUAAAUGAAAAGCAAAAUUCAAAGAAUGUUGCUCCUGAGGGAAAAGGUUCUUAUCUUUCAAGCCCAAGGAGGGAAGUGGAGAUCUCCCCACAAGGAGAGGGGGAUGUAGCCCAUUCUGUACGGGAGCCUUCAGACUGUGACGAAGAUGACACUGUGACCGACAUUGCCCAUCAUGGCCUGGAAAUGGUGGAGCCGUGGGAGGAGCCCCAGUGGGUGACCAGUCCCCUUCAUUCUCCCACCCUGAAAGAUGUGCAUGAGGCCCAGGUGCAGGGUCCCCAGAGCCAACGAUUGGAGAAGAGGCUUUCCCACAGGCCCAGCCUGCGCCACAGCCAUUCUCUAGAUAGCAAAACCACGGUUAAGAGCCAGUGGACUCUUGAGGUUCCCUCCUCAAGCAGCUGUGCUAAUCUGGAAACAGAGAGGAAUUCUGACCCUCUGCAGCCCCCGGCACCCAGGAGAGAGAAUACUGGAUGGAACGAGAAAGCCCUGAGUUCCUUCAGGGAGUUCUCUGACCUGAAAGGGGCAGAGGUUCUUCCCAGCCAGAAGGGACCAGGUGGUAUGCAACCCAAACCAGCAGAAACCAGCCCUGUCAGCCUAGCAGAGGGAAAGGAGCUGGGGACACAGCUGGGGCACAGCAACCCACAGAUUAAGCAAGGUGGUGUUCCUGGGCCUGAGAGCAGCAAAGAGAGUUCACCUAGCAUGCAGGACAGUGCCUUGCCUGGAGAGCAUCCCCUAAAGUUACAGCUGAAGAACGUUGAAUGUGGGCCCCCCAAAGGAAAAAACAGGCCUUCUUCCCUCAACUUAGACUCUGCCAUUCCCAUUACUGACCUCUUCCGGUUCGAGAAUGUGGCCUCAUUUAGUUCACCUGGAAUGCAGCUCUCUGAGCCGGGAGACCCAAAGGUCACACGGAUGACCUCAUCUCACGGUAAAGCAGACCCCUGGAGGGGUUACUCCCAGGACCCCCAGGAUCUGGACAUUGUUGCUCAUGCCCUGACAGGCCGCCGUAACUCAGCUCCUGUAAGUGUGUCAGCUGUAAGAACCUCCUUCAUGGUGAAAAUGUGCCAGGCCAGAGCAGUCCCGGUAAUCCCACCCAAGAUCCAGUACACGCAGAUCCCACAGCCUCUGCCCUCUCAGAGCUCAGGGGCGAGUGGGGCUCAGCCUCUGGAGAGGAGCCAAAAGGAGCCCAACUCCACUAGUGGGAUCUGUCAGAAACCUGCCAAAGAUAAUUCUCCCUCCUCCCUGGAAAGCCCGAAGGAAGAGGAACCAAAGCAAGAUAAAGGAGCCAUUAAGUCCUCACCAAUGGAUGCCACUUCAUCCUGCAUGUGUGAGGGACCCACCCCUUCUCCAGAACCAGGCUUGUCUAACCUGCUGUCCACCCAGGAUGCAAUAGUGCAAUGCAGAAAGCGCACAUCAGAGACAGAGCCAUCUGGGGACAAUCUUCUUUCUUCAAAAAUAGAGCGACCAUCUGAGGGUUCUAAGCCUUUCCACAGGUCAAGGCCAGGAAGACCUCAGAGCCUAAUCUUAUUCAGUCCUCCUUUCCCCAUUAUGGACCAUCUGCCCCCCUCAUCCACAGUGACAGAUUCCAAGGUCCUACUGUCCCCUAUCAGAAGUCCCACCCAGACAGUUUCCCCUGGCCUUCUUUGUGGGGAGCUAGCUGAAAACACAUGGGUCACACCAGAAGGGGUUACACUUAGGAAUAAAAUGACCAUCCCUAAGAAUGGCCAGAGACUAGAGACCUCAACCAGCUGUUUUUACCAGCCCCAGCGGAGAUCAGUGAUUCUGGAUGGAAGAAGUGGGAGGCAAAUAGAAUGAAAUCAGUUGACCUGCUGGUGUCUGAAAAACGUCAUGAUUCAUCUGGAAAUUAUUACAGGGCCAACUUGCCAUUUUCCAGGCGUAGGUUAUCAAGUUUGGGCUUAUUUUGGCCUCUGACUUCUCGUUUUUUAGCCUUUUGACCAUUUAUUAAUUAGUCCACUUGCCAGAAGAGUGGUCAAGGGAAGGACGAAGAGAUGAAAUAUAGAUAAGUCUAUAUGAGCAAGUAGGAAAAGGUUAGGUAAGGGAAGAAGAUGGAAGGCUUUCCUCCAGUGAAAUUUGGGGCUUGUGAGUUACUUUACUACCCCACUGCCAUUAUCUAUCACUGUUGAGAGCUGGCUGUGGUAAUGUCCUUUGAAAGAAAGAAAAAUCCUUUGCCUGCAUUGGAAAAUGUUGCUAUUGAGGUUUUAAGGCCUCCUCUUUACUUCAUGCUUUUUAAUGCUCUUUAAAGCAUGUGUUCUUUUAGACCAGUUUUCUAAUAAGCUUUGUAAAAGUGUACUAUCCAGAAUAGUUGAAGAUGUGAAAAUACAAACUAACAUGCACUUAGAUAUCCAAGUGGGUGAAUUUACCCAUGCUCCUCCCCUGGAAUCCCUGCAAGACGUCUCCACAUACCAGCAUGCAGAAUCAGAAUCCAUACUCAAGAGCAAACUCCGAGACUGGCACAAUCCAAGAAGACUUUCUGGCUCUGGCUUUUAUCAACUUGAGACUCCAACUGCCACUAUACUGAACUCUGAUUUAUAAAUCCAGUAUCUGGGCAGGGUGGGGGAUAAGCCAAGGAUUACCCUAAUGAAAUGUACUGAAUCUUCAUUUAGGUAUGUUAAUAGUGAAGUGAUCUGUUUUCUUUACAGUAUUAGAGUGCAAGAACAGGAUGUUGUCAUAGAGAAAAGCCUCACACAGAGGCAGAACUAUGCUCCAGACUUUGAACUGGUGGGCAUUAGCAGAAAACACUUCUAGCUCAGCAGCACUCUUCUUCCACACUAGGCUGAGCCUGGCAGUACAGGAGCUGAUGAAGGGAGCCCCCAGGAUGGAGGGAAGAGCCCUAGCAGAAUGGCCAUCACUACCACUCACUGAGAGCUGCCCUUCUUGAAAAUGUAUUUCAUCUUAGCCAGUAGGUCCCUUCUUUUCUCCCUCUCCCUCUAUUGCUCAAGAGCAGAUUGGAGGCACCCCUCUCCCUUCCAUAAUCCCCUUCAUCCACCACCCACCCCAGGAACUCAAAUUUGCUCUUCUCUAUAUCCAAGCAGAAGCAAUAAACCAAUCUGAUUUUCUUUCAGUUACUUAGAACUUUCAAAGGCUCUUUCCUUUUCAGCUGGAGAGAGGAAGGAGAACUAAUAUACCUGCUGGCAGAUCUUUGGUGCUUCCCAAAAAAGGACUUCAUAGGGCACCUCUUCUCAGGUUCAAGCCUGGCUGAACUCUCUCCACAAGAUCAGUCAUUGCAGAAAUUUCUGAAGAGCUAGCAGUACCUCUGGGCAGAUCUCACAACUAAGGCUGGUGCUGGGCUGGGAGGGGGCUGGGCUGAGGUUACCUCCUCUGAUGAGCAAUUGAAAACUGAUGCCUUGCAACAGAUAGAUAUUCCUCUCUCUCUCUCUUCCUCCCGAUAAGCCUUAUAAACAGUUUUGAAAUCUUGUCCUCUACCUUUUAAGCCAGUGUCUGUGGCAAGGGAAACUGGCAAGUCAGCUGAUAAGUUUUGCCUUCAGAGAACACUGAAAUGAUUGAGCAAGGGGAGCAAUUAAUAGGCCAUUCUCAUUGGGUGAGCAAGACAUUGGACCAACGGCAAUGAGAUGUCAACCCAUAAGAAAAGUCCUAGAAUAUAGCAUUUUUGCCGUAGGCAAAUAAGGUGAAGAAAUAUAAUGGUGACAGAUGAGAAAGGCCAUGUUCAAGAAAUUUGAAAAGUACAUUCCUGCCUUAUCAGAAAAUGUGGCAGAUAGGUUCUACGUCAGUCUCAGUGCCCUUGUGGUGUCUACGCUUUGAUAAGAACCAUGUUCCAGUUAGAAACUUUGCUUCACUGUCUAAUCUCUGGGCCAAAUAAUGAAAAAUUUAAACUAUUUCAUGAUUAUUUUAAAUUUUUGUAACAGGAUACAUUUUUAUUUUGGAACAGACUGAGAAGCCAUCAUUUACAUAUUAACAAGUGACUUCAGUUAGGGUUGAGGCACCUAUGUAAACUUACGAAAUGGCUGCCACGUUCCUUUAGACUCUGACACCUUUCAUUUAUAGUAUCACAUGCAGGAGUGUGGGUAUGUGGAUGUCAUCAUGAGAAGCAGACAGCUGUCUGGAGAUAUUUCCUACCCUGAGCUUCCCUAGUCAGUCAAUUCCAGGCCUUAGAAGCUGACUCACCUUCUCAGUGUCCUGUUGCUGCUCAAGUGUGGACCUCUCCUUUGACUAUCUCCCAGCCUGUCAACUGUCACAAACAUACUCAUAAAUUUCCUGUGGGCUGGGCUAGUGUGGCGCUGAUGAAAUUCCAUUCCAUGGCAAAGAAAAGUCAUAUUUUCCCCCCAAAUUGUUCCCCAAAAUGCCCUGGGAUUACCUAUUUGGUCACCCACAUAGGGGUCUGAAAAACAAACUCCCUGAGAAUAGCUGGAUGAAAAUCAGAUUGCCCACUUCUGUCCAGGACAGAGACAGAACAAGUGCUGUUGUUUUUAGGAGGAUCUACCUGAUGCCCUAGAAAGGCCUAGAAUCAAACUGUCAAAGGGCUCCUUCACAUCAACUAUCAGUCGUCAAAUCAGGGGUGCUGAUUUUAAAUGGUGAAUAUGAAGUGAAAAGCAUGCAUUUACCACUGCUUUCUUCCAGUGUUAAUGGCUGUUUAAAAAGAUAACCUAUAUUUAUUUGUGAAAUGGCCCUCCCAGUCCAUUUUUUUUCUCCAAAAUGGACCAGAUGAGGGUAUUUCACGUUUAUUACCUGCUUCACUUGUAAUAUGAAGAGACCUGGCCAAGAUCAUUUGUCUACACAGGCCUUGUGUCUCUGCCUGAAGAGGUACUGGGGAACACAACCCCAUUAAGACAGUUAGCCUAAUCUAACCCCCUACAUUUGAAAAUUGUGUCCAAGUCAAAAUUCUGGGUUCUGAGGACAUUAAAAAUGUAAAUACCAUCAUCCUCGACAAACAUUUACCAAGAGCUUGGCAGUAGUGCACUGGGUACCUUAGUACUCCCAAAUCCUUGAAGAGUGUAAUGAAAAUGGGGAGGGACAGUAGUAAAUGAAACAGCCCAUGAACAACCAGGAGGAAGGUUUAGAACCAUUAGUUACCAAAUGAAGGCAAAAAGGAAAAAAAUGUAGCAACUAGCAUCUUUUAAUAGGAUUGUUAAUAGUAUCCAAGUGAUCUGCUGACUUUAAUCAAAUUAAACACAAAUUGCAAAUCCAAUAGAAUGUACCAACGUGACUUGUUGAGAACUUUGAUUUAAAGAAUGAGUAGUUCUGAGGUUUUGCGUGGAGCAAAUUGGUUUGGUAGAUAAGUCUUGUUGGACCUCUGCAAAUGAGCUAGGUAAGAUCAGCAUUCCAUACUCUUUGAGAAGGGUUUUGAGAGACUUCUGUCAUCACAAAGUCUAUUAAUUCCUGUUGAUGAGGAAGUCUUAGGCCCAAGAUAAACUGUUCAUUUCAUGUAUAGUGCAUAGCACGUUAAUCACAUUUGACUAAAAUUGGGUGGGACAGUCAUUUGUGUACACAGGCCUUGUGUUCUUGCCCGAAGAGGUACUGGGGAACAUAAAAUUCAUUUGUCUGGGAUUGGAGUGGGAGAAAUUCAUGGUAUGUCCAAUUCCCACCAGGAUUGAUUAGGUCCACAUUCUACCAUGGCCUGUCGCAUCCGAUGACAACAUGAAUCUUGGGGUUAAGUGUUACAGCAGUAUGAUUUUAGGCACUUCCAGUAGGAAGAUCAGCUGAAAAUGUGGGAUAACAAAGAAUGCAUCCUCCUUCACCAAAACCUUUCCUAGCAAAAUAAGGCCAGAAGAGGGAGCAAGUACCUUUCCAAGCAUGAAGAGGUGGGAGAUGGUAGAAAGGUAAUUGCCUGAGAUCAAUACCAGUCCAGAUAGUAUAAAACUGGGGGCCACCACAGAUUAACUGGCAUGUAUUUGAGCAAUGCUGGGAUUACUUCCCAAUGAGGGUGAAGGAAGAUGUAGCUAAAUAGAAGAAGCUCAUGAAAUCCACGUGUUUUACUGGAUGAAUCAUAAUGCUUUGCAAUAACUUAAUGCCAUAGUCCUUUCUGCCUUAUAAUUCUGCAAAGUAAAGCACUUUUUCAAAGGAGUCUGUUAGAAUGUCACGAUUUCAGCUUUUAGAGCUCUAUGUUACCAAAGAUAUAAUCAAAAUGUCUAUUGAUUAAAAAAGUAUAAAUAUUAAGCCUAUCCACAGAGACAUUUAAAUGUAAUUAAGAUUGUUAUGCUUUAAAAUCAUACUCUAAUAAAUGAUAUAAAAUAGAAUGCUUAUGAUGAACUAUGAGCAAGAGGAAGUAUGAGGUCACCAAAAUCAAUCAGAAAAGUAGAUUAUAUGCAUCAGGCUCACUGUUCUAGUUUGUUCUGUUUGAUGUGAUUGUUAUU